GAAACUUGAAGUUUUGGUGAUAAGUUGACACACAGUUUGACGUGGCAUGCGGGGACGGAGGAAAGAGGAAAUGGAAAGUGAAACAGCACUGUGCAGCAGGCUAGGCUUGGGCGUGGUGGUGGCAGACUCGGUCCAAACUGGGAAGCCUACUCAUUCAUCAGCCAUGGGCUCAUCGCCAUCACAACCGCAGCUACAAGACCAGAAUGUGAAGAGAGGAGGCACCAUAACUUUUACCUGGAGGGCAGACUGUGAAGCGACUGCAACCUGGAGCAAGAAUGGACAGCUACUGUCAGGUAAAGAAGACAGACGCGUCACCAUCAGGCAUGACAACCUCAACAAGUAUCUCACCAUCACAGACGCCAGGGAGGAGGACGAGGGACGAUACACCUUGGAGCUGCAGAAUGGAUCGGGUAAAGCAUCCGGGUCUGCAAAUGUUAAACUGCUUGAAUAUGAUUCAGACUGGCGAAACCUGGACUGGAAGACAAGUGAACUGAAAAAGAAGCUGGGGAGCUUUACCCUGAGUAACCCUCAGAUCAACCACCUUCGCUUCCUGUUGCACGGCCCUGUGGGACACGGCAAAUCCAGCAUCAUCAACUCCUUCAACAGUGUGUUUCAAGGUCGGGUCACUGAGAAGGCCCAAUCUGCAUCAUACAGUGGCAACAGCUUCACUUUAGAGUACCAAACAUACCAAGUUAAGGAUACCCAAGGGAGAACAUUACCAUUCGUCUUCAAUGACAGUAUGGGGUUGGAGACUCUGCAGGGGGCCGGUGUUCUGACUGAUGACAUCAUUGCUGCCAUACAAGGUCAUGUCAAGGAUGGCUAUAAGUUCAAGCGCUCUCCUUUGCGUAAGGGGGACAAAGACUACAACCGAAACCCCAUUCUGAGUGACCAGGUGCACUGCCUGGUGAGUGUCAUCCGUGGGGACAGGUUCCCUCUCCUAGAAGACGACGACAAUAUCCUGGAGAAAAUGAGGACAGUCAGGCGUGCUGCAAGUGACUUAGGAAUCCCCCAGGUUGUGAUCAUGACAUAUGUGGACCUAUGUUGCCCUUUGGUGAAUAAAGAUCUGAGGCACAUCUACUCAAGCAAGGCGAUCCACAGGACAAUGCAGCGCAGCAGUAAAAAGUUGGGCGUGCCUAUGAACCACAUCUUCCCAGUCAAGAACUACCACCAGGAGACUAAAGUGGACAACAAGACCGACUGUGUGAUCCUGGAAGCCCUGGAGAAGAUCACUCACCUUGCCAACGACUAUGUGGAGAACAAAACACAUCAUGUGAAGGUGUCCCCCCUUAAAAUAGCAGGGUACAUUGGUUGUGCUAUAUUUGGGCUGGUGUGUAUUAUAAUUGUUUUCGGGCUCGUUGCAGAAUUGUUUGAGUAUUCACUCUAUUUUGUGAUCAUGCUACUGUUUGUCUGCUUUUUGUUCCGGUAUUUGGGUUUCUAGUCUUUUGUGUGAAAUGUUUGAGAUCCCGUGUACCUCCUCACUUUGAUAUUCUUUCGCAUACUUUCUUUCUUUUUUUUUUUUUUUUUGUGGUCUUCUGUCUUGAUAUUGCUUUGAUACACUUUUGUUUUUUGUUAUUUUGUUUUGUUUUGUUUGUUUGUUUGUUUGUUUGUUAUGACCCUAAACAUACACCUAAGGCCAAAGUUGAUUUUCUGGAGAGGUGAGAGUGAAUCAGUGAUUGAAGUGAGUGAAGUAUGACACCCAAUCUGUGUAUUUGAAGUGUUUUGAAGUGACUCAUUUUCACAUUAUGUUCGAUAGGCGACAAAACUUUUGUCUUGUGAAAAUCUGCCCUGUCUGUAUUCAUUAAAGGGUCAAUCUUU